ACCGUCGCGGGUUUCGAUGCAAAUCUGUACCGGGGCGACUCCUGAACUCUGUUUCAUUUUAUAUAGGCUAGAAAAAACCCACAGAGAAGAACCAGUGACGGUACAUUUUUGACAAUUUAAGUCUUGGCCAUGGAGGGGAGGAUUUCUACCUUGACUCUGCUGUGUCUGAUGCUGUCAGGUGUUGGUGCCGUCACUGUGGACAUCCCAAAGGAUCUUUAUGAGUAUGCCAGGGGUGACAACAUCACACUGCCCUGCACCUUUAAACCCAAACCCGGCUUCACCCCAGCCCAAGUCAUCAUCUCAUGGUCUGCUCAAGAGACCCUGAUCCUCACUCAUUAUUAUCCUGAGGCUGAAACUGACAUCACAUCGGAUUAUGAAGGUCGGGUGUCCCUGGAUGUAGACGUUAAAAAGGGAAAGGCAAACCUCAAUCUGUCUUCCAUCUCACUGGCAGACAACGUAAAUUUUGAAUGUCGUCUCCAGAUCCGAAGUGAUGAUGAGGGCAAGCCGGCUGACUAUACACGUUUGGUUGUUCUAGUGGCUCCAUCUAAGCCCAUCUGUAAAAUCCAGGGUAAGGCAGAGUACGGCCAGAACAUCAACCUGACAUGUUUGUCUGAGGAAGGCUCCCCGACACCCACUUAUAAGUGGGAAAGUCGAGAUGUCAGUAACGUGCCUCGCAUUCCAGACCCCAGAACCACUGACAAGGGAGGCAUCCUGUCUCUAUACAAUAUCUCCAAAGAGACAUCAGGAUACUACAUCUGUACCUCAAGCAACAAGAUCCGCACCGCUACCUGCAACAUCACCCUUGCUGUCAUGCCACCUUCCAUGAACAUUGGCUCCACUGCGGGAAUCAUUGGUGGAGUUGUCUUUUUGAUCAUACUCUUACUCAUCAUCUGCAUCUGUUGCUACUGCUGCCGGAAAAAGAAGAAAGAGGAGGAAUACGCCAUGGGAGUUCGUGAGGAAGAGUACAGUGACAAAGAGCCAGCAAGAAAUGGUGAGAGUCGCCACGCCGAUGGGCAAGAGGAUACACGAGGUUAUGAAGACUCCAGGGCGAGGAGCCCUGUUAGGCAGAGUGACCACUACGAAGAACGAAGCGAGCGCGACUACGACGAUCGGCGCAGCGACUACGAUGACCGCCGCAGCGACUACUCCGACCGCCGUGACAAGUACAGUGACCGCCAUGAGCGCUACGACGGGGAGCGCCACUACGACGACGAUCGACGCUAUGAUGACCGCAAAGACCGUGGUUAUGAUGAUGAGCGCUAUGAUGAUCGUGAACGUGACAGACCACCCGUGCCAGCCAAUAAGCCACCAAGGAGGGACUACGACAACUAAGGCCUUCAACAAAUAUUAACCACCAUCUUCCAUAUUCUUUUUUUUAACCUCCAGUGACUUUAGUGUCUAAUUUCUGCCUCCAUGGAUCUUGUUGUGACACAAUUGUAACACCACAACCAUACUAGAAUUUAGAGGAAGUACAAUCUCUCAUUGUCUGUUUUUUUUAGAGGUGGAACCACGUUAACAGUUGAAUUGAUUGAGAGGAUUAAUUGAGGAAGGGCAGGGAACCCAAAAUGGCAUCUACAAAGUCUGUCUGAUCCAUUUUAAACAGGGAGUGGGUUGGUGGGUGGGGUCAACAGUUACAAACUCUCUGGCUCAGGUAUGAACAAUGCCCAGGGCACAAACUGUACUUUAGUUGUGUACCAAAAUUCACGUCAAACAAAUGAUGGGAACUGGACAAACAUUUUUUUUUUCUACCGAGAUAAAAUAGUUUUUUAGUUAUCUGUGUAAUCCAGAAAUCAGUUGGCAUUUUAACUUUAAACUCAAUAUGUUGGCAUUCUUACAUACGAAUACAAAGCCUUAUGUCUGUCUGUGUGUCUGUCUUGGAUUCUUCAGGUGUUAACUGGUGGUAGUUUGUUUUUUAGGAAGCUGCCUCCACACUGAGAAGGGCUUCAGUUUUUUUGUAAUUCUUUGUUUUAUCGUGUAUAUACUUUUUUUCUCCCUUUGAGUUAGGUACUGCAUCCUUGUAUACAUAGCCAUUGAAUCAUGUCCUUUUUAUUUAGUGGUUUCAUUUUUCUUUUCACCGUAAUAUUACAGAAACCAGUACUACAACUUCUUCUGAUUGUUGAGUUAGAUAAUGUCUCCACAAGAACUCUCAGGGUUUCUUUUUUUACAUCUAAAAUUCAAAUUAAUUGUAACUUUUAAAAUGCAAACUAGAUUAUCAAAUUUUUCCCUGCCAUGUUGUUUCUGUUGAAACGAAACUACGGAAAUAUUGUACAUAUGCUAUUAUUGUAUCGCAGCAAUGGUAAGGUUAUAUAAUAAGGUUUUAUACUGGGAUUUAUCAAAAUUUUCUGUUAUUGUGAAACAUUUUGAAAUAUACUGUAAAAAAGCUGAUGAAAUAAAAAUUAACCAAACA